GCUGAGAGGACAUCUCACACCUUCUCCUGUGGACCGGCGCGGAGGCGGAGGACUUUACUCCUGUUGUCUACAUAUUUUUAUAUAAAAACAACCUCAUUUUUUAAAACAUAUUUUACUGUCACGUGGUGUCUCAGGGAGCUGUGUGUUUAUUUUGGCUCGUAAGUCCACGAUGAUGAACUUUAUUUAGGACGCAUCCCUCAUGCAGGACGGAGGGAGGGGGGCGAUGGGGGCGAUGGGGGCCCUGCUGGGGCUCAGCCUGCUGGGCUUCGUCUGUCUGGCCUCGGCCCUCAACCCAGACGACCCCAACGUGUGCAGCCACUGGGAGAGCUACGCCGUGACGGUGCAGGAGUCCUACGCGCAUCCAUUCGACCAGGUCUACUACACCCGCUGCACCGACAUCCUCAACUGGUUCAAAUGCACCAGGCACAGGAUCAGCUACAAGACGGCGUACAGGAGGGGCGUGCGGACGAUGUACCGGCGACGCUCUCAGUGCUGCCCCGGCUUCUAUGAGAGCGCAAACCUUUGUGUUCCGCUGUGCACUGAAGAGUGCGACCACGGACGCUGCGUCUCUCCUGAUACCUGCCAGUGCGAGCCCGGCUGGGGAGGACUGGACUGCUCCAGCGGCUGUGAGAGCGACUUCUGGGGCCCCCACUGCAGCAACCGCUGUCAGUGCCGUAACAGGGCCAAGUGCAACCCCAUCACCGGAGCCUGCGUGUGCACCGACGGCUUCCAGGGGUGGCGCUGCGAGGAGCCCUGCGACCCCCACCUCUACGGCAAGGACUGCCUGCUGGAGUGCCAGUGCCUCAACGGCGCCACCUGCCAGCAUCAGACCGGCGAGUGCCUGUGUGCGCCCGGCUACACCGGGGCCUUCUGUGAGGAGCCGUGUCCUGCGGGUAAACACGGGCCCCUGUGUGAGCAGCGAUGCCCCUGUCAGAACGGAGGAGAGUGCCACCACGUCACCGGACGCUGCUCCUGUCCCGCCGGCUGGGUGGGUCCCGUCUGUGCACAGCCGUGCUCGUUUGGAUCGUUUGGCAUCAACUGUUCUCAGGAGUGCACGUGUCGUAACGGCGGUCUUUGUGACCACAUCAGCGGUCAGUGCCAGUGCACCGCCGGCUACAUCGGAGAGAGGUGCCGGGACGAAUGCCCGGUCGGCGCUUACGGGCCGCAGUGCGCCCACAAGUGCGACUGUCAGAACGGGGCCAAGUGCUACCACAUCAACGGGGCCUGCCUCUGCCCUGAGGGCUUCAAGGGGCCCAGCUGCCGGGACCGCUUCUGCCCCGCGGGCCUCUACGGGCUCGUCUGCGACAAGUACUGCCCCUGCAAGGCCGCCAACACGCUCAGCUGCCACCCUCUGUCGGGCGAGUGCACCUGCGCGGCGGGGUGGGCGGGGCUUUACUGCAACGAGACCUGCCCGGCGGGCUACUACGGCGAGGGCUGCAGGGCGCCGUGCGCCUGCGUCAACGGGGCCGACUGCGACGGCGUGACGGGGGCCUGCCUGUGCGCCCCCGGCUUCAUGGGGGACGACUGCUCCGUGCGCUGUCCUGCAGGCCUCUACGGGACCAACUGCAGCUCCUCGUGCUCCUGCCUCCACGGCGCCUCCUGCUCGCACCUGGACGGCUCCUGCUUCUGCUCAGAAGGUUGGCAGGGGGUGGACUGCUCCCUCCCUUGCUCCAGUGGUACCUGGGGUCCGAGCUGCAACCAGACGUGUCAGUGCGCCAACGCGGCGGCCUGCGACCCCGUCAACGGCACCUGCACCUGCUCCCCGGGCUGGAGGCGGGAGUACUGCGACCUGCCCUGCUCCGAGGGGUCGUACGGACUGGACUGCGGGGAGAGGUGCGACUGCGUCAACGCCGACGGCUGCGAUCCGGUGAGCGGAUUCUGCCGCUGCGCCGCAGGCUGGACAGGUGUCCAUUGUGACAGUGUGUGUGAGGAGGGCCGCUGGGGACCCAACUGCUCCAUCAGCUGCACCUGUGAGAACGGAGGCUCCUGCUCCCCAGAGGAUGGAUCCUGUGUGUGUGCGCCGGGCUACCGGGGCACCAACUGCAGAAGAACCUGUUCGCCUGGUUUCUACGGACAGCGCUGCGCCCGGUCCUGCCCUCAGUGUAUCCAUAGCGACGGGGCGUGUCACCACGUCAGCGGCCACUGUGAAUGUCUGCCCGGCUUCUUCGGCUCGCUGUGCAAUCAAGUGUGUCCCGGGGGGCGGUUCGGUAAGGCGUGUGCUGAGGCGUGUUCGUGCAGCAACAACGGCUCGUGUAACCCCAUCGACGGCUCCUGCCAGUGCUUCCCCGGAUGGAUCGGCGGGGACUGCUCUAAACCGUGUCCUCAGGGCUCAUGGGGUCCAGACUGCAUCCACACAUGUAACUGUCACAACGGAGCCCAGUGCAGCGCCACGGACGGAGAGUGUGACUGCAGCUCGGGAUGGACGGGCCUCUUCUGCACUCAGCGCUGCCCGGCCGGGUUCUACGGCUCCCGCUGUGCUGAAGUGUGCCGCUGUCAGAACGGGGCGGACUGCGACCACCUGGGGGGGCAGUGCUCCUGCAGGACGGGCUUCAUGGGACAGAGCUGCGAGCUCAAGUGUCCCGCGGGGACGUUCGGCUACGGCUGCCAGCAGCUGUGCGAGUGCAUGAACAACGGAACCUGCGACUACGUGACGGGGACCUGCUACUGCAGCGCCGGCUUCAAGGGCAUCCGCUGUGACCAGGCGGCUCUGAUGAUGGAGGAGCUGAACCCCUACACCAAGAUCAGCCCGGCCCUGGCUUUGGAGCGCCAGUCGGCCGGCGCCGUCCUGGGCAUCGUCUUCCUGCUGCUGCUCAUCGUGGCCAUGCUGGGCCUGGUGGUCUGGUUCCGGUACCGGCAGAAAGAGAAGGGCCACCAAGUGCCGAGCGUUGCCUACACGCCGGCGCUGCACCUCAACUCCACCGACUACUCGCUGUCAGAGUCUUCUCCCAGUAGCAGCUCCGUGGUCGGGUGCUUCUCCAACCCCAGCUACCGGACCCUGGGCCCCUGCAGCUACGCCGCCUGCUACACCCAGCCGGAGAGGAGGGGCGCCGCCAAGAUGAAGAAGAAGCGGCACAGGAACAGCGCUCCGGAGUGGGGGGCAUACUGUAACCUCAGCGAGCUGGGUGUUUACUGCAUCGACCGGCGCUUCAGUUACCACGUGGAGCCGUGCUACCGAGACUACAUGAAGGGCUCGCUGUCCUCCACCUGCUCCCUGGACAGCGAGAACCCGUACGCCACCAUCAGCGACGCGCACAGCGCCUGCAAGCCCUCGGAGAGCAGCUACGUGGAGAUGAAGUCGCCGGGUCACCGGGACCGCGGGACGCACUGCUGCCCCCCCGCCGCCGUCGCCACGACGACGACCGCCGCCGCGCCCACCAGGAACAUCUACGACAUGGAACCAAGCAUCAGCGUGGUGCAGGGGGCGGGCUGCUACCCUCAGAACCCGUACGAUCUGCCCAGGAACAGCCACAUCCCGAGCCACUACGACCUGCUGCCGAUGCGCCCGAGCCCGUCUCACAGCCUCGGCCUCGCGCUGCCCGGCAGCCCCACCAGCUCGCUGCUCUAGACACGCCCCCCCCACCCCCCCCACC